AUGUCAACUCCAAUGACAGAAGAGCUGUUUACCAUCUUUCACAAAUCCCCCCCAGAGAUUCAACUUGAGAUCAUGAAACAAUGUUUCGAAAACGAUCUUGUCUGCUUUUCAUUGACAUGUCGCGAUAUGCAUUACCUUGCAAAGCCUCUCCUCCCCAACAAACCAGAUCUCUCGAAUAUCAAUCAACUUGGAUCUACACCAGAUGUUCCCCCGAUCUGUUUCUAUGCCGAUCAUCCCUGCAGGCGCGGUGAAGAGGGAUGCAAAGGCGCCAGAGGAAGGAUCGUGAAAUACAAUUUUCAAUGGCAUCGCAAGAAGCGGCACUACUACAAGAAGAGAUAUCCUGCUUGCAACAUGUGCCUAUACUAUCCCCCCGACCACCCUGUUUGUCAAAUCUCAGGAUGCAAGAAACAUUUUGCAUUGCAAGAAGUUUACUAUCCGGAGAAAGAAUGA